AUGGGUCAAUCACAACCUCAGAAAAUUGCACCACCGCCACCUGUUUGCUCCUCAUCUACAUCAUCAUCUUCAAUGGCUUUCAUUAAUUCGGAUCGUGUUGAACAACUUAAAAAAUCAUCUCUCAUCAACAAAUUAGCAAAUCCUAAAAUGUUUCCAAACAAGAUUUUUCAUGAUUUAAUCGAAUCAAAAAGUGAUCUGAAGAGUGUUGAGAAAUAUGCAGUCUAUAAUUAUGAAAAUUGUUCAAUUUUUGAAAAGGAAUUACCUGAUGAAUUAUUUAUUUGUAUUUUGGGAUUUUUAAUGAAUCAUGAACUUUUCAAAUUACAACGAGUUUCCAAAAAUUUCAAAUAUUAUUGGACUCAAAAUAGUUUUUUAUGGAGAGGAAGAUUGUUGGAUGAUUACAAUGAGAUUUUCAUGUAUUUUAAACCAAUUAUGCAAUCACCAAUCAAUAGUAUUGUAUAUUAUCAUCACUUUAUACAAACUAUUUUAAGUUCAUACAAAGAAAAAUCAGAUGUACCCAACUCUAUGAUUUGUAAACAAGUUUUAAUGGGAAACGAUCAAUGUGGUAAAUCUGAACUUGCUAAAUUAUUUUCAGAUUCAACAAGAUUAUUUGAUUCAAAAUAUUCUCAAACCAUUGGAGUUGAGUUUUAUUCAAAAGGUUAUGAGUAUAAUAAUAAUUUACAUUGCAAAAUUCAAUUAUGGGAUACUGGUGGACAUGCAAGGUUUCAAUCAAUUGCAUCAGCCUAUAAAAGAGGUUCCAAGACAAUCAUUUAUUGCUUUGAUUUGAGUGAUGAAGAGUCUUUUGAUCGAAUGAAGGAACUUAUUGACAAUAAUAGUGAAAAACCUCAAAAUACUCCUUGGAAUGAUUAUUUACAAUGUGAAAGGUCAAGUAUGAUAAUUAUUGGAUUGAAGAGAGAUUUAGUAAGAAAGGUGAAAAUGAGUCGAAUUGAAAAUCUCCUCCAACAGUUUGUACCCAUUAUUGAUGGUGGUAUUUCAUUGAAAGAUUUGAAAGUUCAAUAUUUUGAGCUAAGUUGCAAAACUGAUGCCAGAUGUUACAUUCAAUUCCCUCUAUUAUUUGGAUUAUUGAUGAGUGAGGAAGUAAUGAUUGAGGAUGCAUCUAUUGACAAGAAGGUAAUGGCGGAAAUAAAAGUCUAUUAA